AUGGAGGAUGAUAGACGCACACGCCUUCUCGCGGCGUGCUGGUCUUUGGCCGCCGCCGCCGUCAUCCUGCUCUCUCUCCGCCUGUACUGCAAAGUGUGGCGAGGAAGAGGUCUCUGGUGGGAUGACCACCUCUUGAUUGCUUCUUGGAUUUCCCUCGCUAUAUCUUGCUCUGUGCUUUCGUACAUCUGUUCGAUCGGUUUCGGUACGAGGCGGGCAACAAUCAGCGAUGAGAAUCUCAAAAUCAUCAGUCUCAGCACCAUCAUGGUGGCUGCGUUUGGAAUCAUGGCCACGACGUUUAGCAAGACGUCCUUCGCCAUUACGCUUUGUCGCAUUUCGACCAACCAGUGGAUGAAAUAUCUUCUCAUCUUCAUCAUCGUGACGAUCAAUGUCUCCAUGAAUCUUGUUUGGAUCUUUGGCCUGGUCAAGUGCACACCUUUCGCCAAAGUCAUCGACGGCAGCCACCCGGGAAAGUGCUGGGAUAGGCAGAAACUCCUCAAAUUCCAGCUCUACGCUGCAUACUACUCUGCUAUCCUCGAUUUCAUGCUCGCCCUGCUUCCGUGGCAGAUCAUCAUGGGCAUGUCCAUGCGACGGCGUGAGAGGCUCGGUGUCGCAGUGGCCAUGAGCCUUGGUGCCAUUGCUGGAAUCACAGCAAUCGUCAAGGCGGUGCUCGUCGUCAACAUGACGAGCACCGACUUCACUUAUGACCGCGUUGACCUGACCAUCUGGACCUUGGUGGAGCCCGCUGCCUCCAUCAUGGCCGUGUCCAUCCCCGUGCUGAGGAUGCUGUACCACGAGCUCAAGACAAGCCACGCCAGGUCCAAAUACAACCGAAGCAACCCCUACGCCGGACAGACAGGCGCCGGCGCCACGUCUUCCGACGCCAAGCGCGCAACGCGGCAGCCGCACAGCAAGUACGGCCAGAACUCGGUCGUCAUCAUGUCGAACAUUGCCUGGGAGGAGUCGCAGGAGGCGCUCCGGGACCCCGAGACCAGCGCCCGCUCGCCGAACCUCAGCGGUGUGCUCAAGACGGAGGAGGUGAGGGUCGAGCACGAGAGGUUGAGCACCGUGGGCGACGAGGACUCGAUAGAGCUCAAGCCGUAUGCCGUCAGCGCGACGGCGAUGAAGGAGGAGGGUGGCGGCAACCGUCGUGCUUCGUAG